AAAGGAACUUUUGGAGCAGAAAACUCAAUUUACUCAACAACUGGAAGAUGCGCACAAAAAUGUGAAUCAACUGCAAACGAAAAUCAAUGAAAUGCAAAUGAAAAUUGAAACCUUAGAACAAGAAUUAUCCACCAAAACCUGGAAUGUUGAAAGAUUACAGGGAGAAUUAAAUGCAGCUCAACGGGAUGAUGAAUAUGUCCGCCAAAAGCUGAAAGUGCUGGAGGAUGAAAAAACAAAUUUACGCCAUCGUUUUCACGAAUGCGAAGAUGAGCUGAAAACGAAAUAUGAUGAACUCGAAACUCAAUAUAACGAAUUACAAGAAAAAUAUAAACAAACUCAAGCGUUGGCUAGUAAUUUGCAAACUCAAUUGGCUCAAGCCCAAACCGAUGCCCAGGAACAGCGCGAUGAAGUCGAAAGGAUACGCACAUCACUGGAGGAACAGGUUGCCCUGCUGAAGAGUGCUUUGGAAAAUUCGGAAAAUGAAAGGAAAAUAUGCGAGGAUAAAUGGCAGAGAGAAUUCGAAAUGUUACGGACACAAAAUAUGG